AUGUAUUGCAGUCAGGAUCCUUUUCCACCCAAUGGUGCCCCACCCGUUGGACGUCAUCCAUUGAUGCUAGCCAAUCCUUGGGGUCAACCAGUUAUUAAUGAAAUUCUACCUCCACCAUCUCCAGAACCCCCAACAGAGAGUGCCUGGGAGAGAGGACUCCGGAAUGCAAAGGAGAUUUUAAAAAAGGCAAUGAUUCGAAAAGAACAGGAACCUGAUUUUGAAGAAAAAAAGUUUACAGUGACCAUUGGAGAAGAUGAGCAAGAAUUUGACAAAGAAAAUGAAUUUUUCAGAGAAUGGAAUUAUUGGAUUACUGGAGAUACAGCACUUGAACCAUAUUCAGAUCCUUAUUACGAUUAUCAAAUAGAACGAUUUUGGCAUGGUGGACAAUAUAAGAACUUUAGAGUGCAAUACACAGCAACUGAACCAUAUCGUAAUUAUCGAGAGAGGGAAAGGGAACGAGAGAGAGAAAAUAGACAGAGAGAACGGGAACGAGAACGUGAGAGAGACCGAGAAAGGGAACGGCGGCAAAGGGAGAGAGAGAGAGAGCGAGAAAGAGAAAGAGAAUGGGACAAAGAACGCCAACGAAGAAAAGAGGAGUGGGAACGAGAACGAGCCAAGCGAGAUGAAAAAGACAGACAGCACCGAGACCGGGUCAGAGAAAAAGAGCGAGAAAAAGAAAAGGAAAAAACAAAACCUAGAUCCUCGAAGCCACCAAGCCGUCAACCUGAGCCACCAAAGAAGGAAACCACAUCAACUGGCCUACAGGUGAAAAGAGCAGAUGAAUGGAAGGAUCCUUGGCGACGAUCUAAGUCCCCUAAAAAGAAACUUGGUGUAUCAGUUUUUCCAAGCCAUGCACGGAGGCAUCGAAAAACAUCUGCCUCAUCAGCAUCUACAUCCAAUUCCUCCAGGUCAUCUUCUUGUUCAUCAUCAUACUCUGGUUCUGGCUCCUCACGAUCCCGGUCCAGCUCCUCAUCCUACAGCUCCUAUUCUAGUCGGUCUUCUAGACACAGCUCAUUGUCAGGCAGCAGAUCCAGGUCUCGGUCUUUUUCAUCUUCCCCUUCUCCAUCGCCAACACCAUCCCCACACAAACCUUCUAUGAAAACUAAAGGAGACCCUGCCCCUCCUGCUGGAAAAGGAGAGAAGUCUCUGAAAAAGCCAGUUCCCCCUCCCAUGCCCACUAAAACCAUUACAUCUGCAGCAGAGCCAACCAAACCAGAAGAUAACAGAGAAGCCAGAAGGAAGGACCGCCCAACCAGAACCCUACCCAGGAGGCGGACCAUCAGCGGCAGCAUCAGCCGCAACGCCAGUAGCUGUAGCGGAUCUAGUUCCCCAUCCAGGUCCCAGAAUGUGAGCAGCGUCUCCUCCAUCUCCAAUGCCAUGUCAAGUAGCAGUUCUGUUCACAGUGCCGAUUCGAAGGACAUGUAUGCUGAUCUGGCCAGUCCUGUUUCCUCAGCCAGUUCCCGGUCUCCCAUGCCUGCCCAGCCGAAGAAGGAGAAAGGAAAGUCGAAAAAAGAAGACAAUGUUAAAGAAGAGAAGCAGAAAAGGGAGGCACCCACACAGUCCCCCAAAUCCACAAAACCUGCAGCCAGUAGUAAAUCAUCCCAGCAGGCACCACCUCCCCAACAAGGAGGGUUCAGCGCUCACAAAGAGAUCAAACUGACGUUAUUAAAUAAGGCAGCUGAUAAAGGAAGCAGGAAAAGAUCUGAACCAUCAGACAAGGACAGGCAAAUGUCUCCUCCAGCAAAACGAGCUAACCUAUCUCCUGAAAGAGGUUCUCGUUAUAGGAAGCCAGGUGGGAGAAUCUCUUCUCCUAAACAGGAACGCCAGAGAGGACAGAACCCCAAACCACCUCUGACUCAAACAGAUAGGAAACGCCAGCUGUCCCCACAGUCCAAGAGUUCGAGCAAAGUCAUCAGUGUGCCCGGCAAAGCUUCGGACGGGGGCCCGGCCACGACUGGUGCCAAAUCCGGCAAAUCAAUCAAGUUGUCGAGACGAGAGGAGCUCUUGAAGCAGCUGAAGGCCGUGGAGGAUGCCAUUGCUCGAACGCGGGCCAAAAUCGCUGGGAAAGUAUAGUUCCUGGCCGGGCCUACAGAGACUCUUACGUGUUUUCUUCCUCCCUCUCCUCUACUUCCUCCUUUCUUUUAUUCUUCCAACUUAUUAUGUAAAUAAAAUGUUAAAAAUAUUUUCCUAAGCAAACUGUUUAGUAUCAUAUCUUAAACAUC